CAGGACCUUUGGGGGCUUGGCUGCGCGGGGAUGUUUCUUCAGCCACCUCUGUCUGUGUAACGCCCCAGGUACCUCCCCCAGUUUCUUUCCCUGCCUACCUCCAGUGCUUAGCUCUGCGGUCCUUCGGCUCUGCCUGUCCAAGUCUUGCUAUUCAUUCCGCUGUGCUUAAUGCUAUCUGUCCGUCACCCUAGUUGCCUCUGACUGCUCAUUUCCUCAUUCAUUUUUCCUUCUCUGACUUUGGUUCUCCUAUACGAGCAUGCUGUCUAGUUAUUUCCCUGCUUUUCAUGGUCCGCGGGGUUCUCAGCCUUCUAUUCCUUGACUUCUCGGUCUCCCUGCUUUCCGUAUGCACAUUUUCCUGCUCACUUGGGUCAUUUCAUUCUUGGGACACCACUGUUUGCCCCUUCCCCAGUUGUAUUUGAUUUCUCUUUGGAACCUCAUUUUCAUCGAAAUUCCAUAUAGAACGAGAACCGCCCCCCACUCCCUCCGGGCAUCUACUAUAACUAUUCUUCAGAUUACUUCCAUUUCUUCGGCACAGUCUCCCUCCGCCCUCCUCCCCCAUGUCCCAUCUUUUCUCCAAGACAGAGUUUUAUUUUAUGCUCAGGGAAAUUGAUUGUCUCCAGUUCUUGACUCAGUAGGCCCAGUACCACUUUCCCUUCAGUAACGUUUUCUAGCUCUCUUGCAUAGAGUCUGUGCUCCUACCCAGCCCAACCCAUAAACGCUCAAAUGGUACCUUUCGGGACCAUGGCUUAGUUACCCUGGGACGUCUGCAUCUGCUGUUCACUCUAACUCUUCCAGUUUAAUUCUGAAAAUUUAAAUUCACAGUGCCUCUGCAACUUUUUGUGGUCUUCAUUUUCUGUAUUUAAUUUUACAGUUCCAAUGUUGAUCACAAAUGAAUAGAUUUAUGUGCCCAGGAUUCAGGAAUCCAGGUUUUGAGGACCAUUUCCCCUGAUUUUGUGGGGAGAAUUUAAGCCAGUCCCUUUCCAUCUCUAUUUCCAUUUCACAAUCUGAAAAACAAUUAUUAAUAAAAUAAGACUUCCUUUCUGGAGAUGAGGGGUCAUGGAGGGAAUGAGCAUUUUCACAUAUGAAUGUAGGUAUUAAGUCACUGAUAUAGCUAGUAAAGGGUUAUGAGUAAAGGGGUCUUGGUAUCUGAGUCCAGGGAACUAAGUCCAGUGAUCUGUACAACUAUGCCGUGCUACCUCUAAUCCUUACCCACUUUUUUUCUUCACAUGCUGAUAAUGAGGAUUCAUGGGUCUUGAGUCAGAGCACCAGCCUCGUGAACCCUGGACCAUUAUCAUGGAGACUGAGAGCGAGCAGAACUCCAACUCCACCAAUGGGAGUUCCAGCUCGGGAGGCAGCUCUCGGCCCCAGAUAGCUCAAAUGUCACUGUAUGAACGGCAAGCAGUACAGGCUCUGCAAGCCCUGCAGAGGCAGCCCAAUGCGGCUCAGUAUUUUCACCAGUUCAUGCUCCAGCAGCAGCUCAGCAAUGCCCAGCUGCAUAGUCUGGCUGCUGUCCAGCAGGCCACAAUUGCUGCCAGUCGGCAGGCCAGCUCCCCAAACACCAGCACAACACAGCAGCAGACUACCACCACCCAGGCCUCGAUCAAUCUGGCUACCACGUCAGCCGCCCAGCUCAUCAGCCGAUCCCAGAGUGUAAGCUCUCCCAGUGCCACCACCUUGACCCAAUCUGUGCUACUGGGGAACACCACCUCCCCUCCCCUCAACCAAUCCCAGGCCCAGAUGUAUCUACGGCCACAGCUGGGAAACCUGUUGCAGGUAAACCGGACCCUGGGCCGGAACGUGCCUCUAGCCUCCCAACUCAUCCUGAUGCCUAAUGGGGCAGUGGCUGCAGUCCAGCAGGAGGUACCAUCUGCCCAGUCUCCUGGAGUUCAUGCAGAUGCAGAUCAGGUGCAGAACUUGGCAGUGAGGAACCAACAGGCCUCAGCCCAAGGACCCCAAAUGCAAGGCUCAACUCAGAAGGCCAUUCCUCCUGGAGCAUCUGCCACCUCUAGCCUUUCCCAGGCCUCAAGCCAGGCCCUAGCUGUGGCUCAGGCUUCCUCUGGGGCUGCAGGCCAGUCCCUCAACCUUAGUCAAGCUAGUGGAAGCAGUGGGAAUAACAUCCCAGGGUCCAUGGGUCCAGGAGGAGGUGUCCAGGCACCUGGGGGCUUGGGUCAGUUGCCUUCCUCAGGAAUGGGUGGUGGUGGGAGUUGUCCCAGGAAGGGCACAGGAGUGGUGCAGCCGUUACCCGCAGCCCAAACAGUGACUGUGAGCCAGGGCAGCCAGACAGAGGCAGAAAGUGCAGCAGCCAAGAAGGCCGACGCAGAGGGGAGUGGUCAGAAUGUGGGCAUGAACCUGACCCGGACAGCUACACCUGCUCCCAGCCAGACACUUAUUAGCUCAGCCACCUACACACAGAUCCAGCCUCAUUCACUGAUUCAGCAACAGCAACAGAUCCACCUUCAGCAGAAACAGGUGGUGAUCCAGCAGCAGAUUGCCAUCCACCACCAGCAGCAGUUCCAGCACCGUCAAUCCCAGCUGCUCCACACAGCUACCCACCUCCAGUUGGCCCAGCAGCAGCAGCAGCAGCAGCAGCAGCAGCAGCAACAACAGCAGCAGCAGCAGCAGCAGCAAGCCACAACCCUCACUGCCCCUCAGCCACCACAGGUCCCACCUACUCAGCAUGUCCCACCUUCCCAGUCCCAGCAGCAAGCCCAAACCCUGGUCGUUCAACCCAUGCUUCAGUCUUCACCCUUGUCACUCCCACCUGACCCAACCCCUAAGGCACCCAUCCCCAUCCAGUCCAAACCAACUGUAGCACCUAUCAAGCCUCCACAGUUAGGGGCUGCUAAGAUGUCAGCUACCCAGCAACCACCACCCCAUAUCCCUGUACAAGUUGUGGGUACCCGACAGCCGGGUGCAGCCCAGGCACAGGCAUUGGGAUUGGCACAACUGGCAGCUGCUGUACCUGCUUCCCGGGGGAUGCCAGGUACAGUGCAACCAGCUGGUCAGGCCCAUUUGGCCUCCUCGCCACCUUCAUCCCAGACGCCUGGUGCACUACAGGAGUGCCCUCCCACAGUGGGCCCUGGGAUGACCCUUGCCCCUGUGCAGGGAACAGCACAUGUAGUAAAGGGUGGGGCCACUGCCUCCUCACCUGUUGUAGCCCAGGUCCCUGCUGCCUUCUACAUGCAGUCUGUGCACCUGCCGGGCAAACCCCAGACCUUGUCUGUCAAACGCAAGGCUGAGUCUGAGGAGGAGAGAGAAGAUGUCUCUACAUUGGGUUCAAUACUUCCUGCCAAGGCAUCUCCAGUAGCAGAGAGCCCAAAGGCCAUGGAGGAGAGGAGCAGUCUUGGAGAGAAAGCUGAUCCAGUGGCCAGUGGGAAUGCUAAUGCUCCAAGCAGUGAACUAGUAGCCUUGACCCCCGCCCCAGCAGCACCACCUCCUUCACUAGCCAUGGUAUCCAGACAGAUGGGUGAUUCAAAACCCCCACAGGCCAUUGUGAAGCCCCAGAUUCUUACCCACAUCAUCGAAGGCUUUGUUAUCCAGGAAGGAGCAGAACCUUUCCCGGUGGGUUGUUCUCAGUUACUGAAAGAGUCUGAGAAACCAUUGCAAACUGGCCUUCCAACAGCGCUGAAUGAGAAUCAGUCAGGUGGCCCCUUGGGAGGGGACAACCCAUCUACUGAGCUAGAUAAGAAGAAUCUCCUGAAGUGCGAGUACUGUGGGAAGUAUGCCCCUGCAGAGCAGUUCCGUGGCUCCAAGAGGUUUUGCUCCAUGACUUGCGCUAAGAGGUACAACGUGAGCUGUAGCCACCAAUUCCGGCUGAAGAGGAAGAAAAUGAAAGAGUUUCAAGAAGCCAACUAUGCUCGAGUGCGCCGGCGUGGACCACGUCGCAGCUCCUCUGACAUUGCCCGUGCCAAGAUCCAGGGCAAGCGCCAUCGGGGUCAAGAGGACUCUAGCCGGGGUUCAGAUAAUUCCAGUUAUGAUGAAGCACUCUCCCCUACAUCUCCUGGGCCUUUGUCAGUGAGAGCUGGGCAUGGAGAACGUGACCUGGGCAACCCCAAUACAGCUCCACCUACACCAGAAUUACAUGGCAUCAAUCCUGUGUUCCUGUCUAGUAACCCUAGCCGUUGGAGUGUAGAGGAGGUGUAUGAGUUCAUCGCUUCUCUACAAGGCUGCCAGGAGAUUGCAGAGGAAUUUCGUUCCCAGGAGAUUGAUGGACAGGCCCUCUUAUUACUUAAAGAAGAACAUCUUAUGAGUGCCAUGAACAUCAAGCUGGGCCCUGCCCUAAAGAUCUGCGCCAAGAUAAACAUCCUCAAGGAGACCUAACUGUGGCCUCAUGCACAAACCAGCCUAAGGCAGACACUACCCACUCUCCAGGUUAUAACCUGGUACUGGCAGAAACUUUGCAGGGAAGAAAGAGCUGUUCCAAUUAUGUAAAUCUUCUGUAGAGGGGAUUACUGAGACAAGGAAGAGAAAUGAAAGAGAUUGCUGGUGCUACAAGGCAGCAGCUUCGAAAUUUUCUCCGAGUUCUGUUUUAUUUUUGAAAAUCUUUACAAGUCUCACAAUCUCCAUUUACCCUAACCCAAUGUUUGUACAUUUGUAAAAGAGGCAGUCUCUUAGAUAUCUAGAGCUGCUCAGCCUUAUCCUGAAGUGGAGCAUCUAGCCAGGUCUCACUUUUCUAAAGAGAGGAAUGAACAAUAUGAUCAGGCAAGGAGAUGGGUGGGAUGUGGGUCGCCACCCCCUGCCCAAGAGAGGUAGGGUUUUCUAGCUUGUUUGGCGUAAGUAGCAAAAUCGGGUACUUCCCCUCUUCCCUCUGGAUUGUCCCACUGUAGCUAUGGCCAGAGAUUUCUCUUGUCACUCAACUCCCUUAGUAUUGAACAUUUUCACCUGCAUCCACGGCAGGGUCACCAAGCCAGUGUAGACCUGGUUGGCAUCUUUCAGACUUGCUGCAGGGACUAAAAGUGUUUGGCAUAUGGUGUGGCUCUUAUUCUUUCUGUAUCUCCUGCUCCUGUCCAAUUUAUCUGUUAUCAUCUUCUACUCUUUCUUUUCAAUUCUAACUCUGCUGUCCUAUAGCUUUAUAAAACAGGAGUGCGUGGGUGCGGCUGAGGUCAGGAAUAUAAGUACCUGCCUUAGGUGCUACUCCUUGUACAACAAAAAUAUUAAAUAUUUUUUUCUUCCUUAGUAAAUGGAUGAAAAUUGGUCUCAGUUGUCUUACUCUCUCCAGUAUCUACUUUCUUUCACACAAAUAACCAGGCCAACAUGGUUUGUUUGUUUUUAAUUUUUCAGUGUUUCUGUACAAAAAGUGUAGUUUUUUUGCAUUGUAAAACACCAGGGUUUGGGGGAGGGAGGCAAACAAAUAAAAGAUGCUUUUAUAACAUCA